AUGUCGCGAAGUAAAAAAGAACUAGUUCAGCCAACAUCACAGGCAGUCAUUUCCUUAUGUGAAGAAUUUCUUGACAUGUUUAUGGGGCUGACUAGUCAGGAUUUAGAAGACAAGGCGAAUUCGCUACAGGAUACGGUUGAAACCUUCGAUAUAUUACGCGAAUCGUUACGGUUUAUGAUUUUUUAUAAAAUUGCAAACCAAUUCAUGCAAAGCAUUUGUGUCGAUGACUUUUCCGUUCAAGACCUAUUAAAGCCCACUUCAAAUCGACUAAAGCGAAUUCUGUCGGGUGUGAUUAAUUUUGCAAAGCUUCGAGAACAGCAAUUAUUACUCUUCGAACCGGACAUUCAAAAGCGAGAAAGUUUGAUCGAGAAUUAUUCCCUACUUAAUACCCAAAGACAAACUCUUGAACAAGAAGUUUUGCUGAGUCAGGAAAAACGAGAACAAAAUCAAAUUAUUAUUAAACAAAAUGAAGAAAGAAAUGACCAACUUUAUCAGAAUCUAUUGGAAAUAAAACGAAUUUGUUCGCAAACCAAAUCUGAAUACGAUCAAAUAAAGCAGGAAGCACUCGAGUUGAAGGUAAAGCAUCUUGAGGUAGAGUCUUUGAUAUCAAAUACGUUACACGAAACAGAGCAGCUACAAUCUUCCAUUGUGCAUUCUCCCGAAAAACUUCAAAUAAGAAUUUUGGAUAUGUCAGAUCGUGUUCAGUUAGAUCGAACGCAGCAAUUUGAAUUGGAUAAGAAGUCAAAGUACCUUCAGUCUAAACUUAAUCAACUAUCUCUGACGGAAACGGACCUAAAUGCUUGUGUAAAGGUACUAGAAGAAUGUUUGGUCGAAGUGGACAAGCUUGAGCACGCUUCCAACCUUUUAUCAUCGAAUCAGGAACUAUGUGAACAAGUUGAAAUCAAUAAAAGGAAACUUGAGUUUCGUAAAGAACAGCUUUUAAAGCAGUUGUCAAACGCACAAGAAAAGUUGCAGCAUGAGCAACAAUCCAGAAACCAAAAGUUAGAGGCGGCGAAACAGAGGAUGGAUCAAAUUAAGGAAGAAUAUCAAGAGCUACUCCAAAUCCGGUCUCAAAAAGCCCAAGAGGCUGAUCACAAGCAAACCAUAAUUGAAAUGACGGAAAAGCAAAUGGCGGAUAUGAAAAGAGAACUGGACUCACAAACUUCCUUAGUAACUAUCGAGUUUGAAAAGCUGAAGGCUCAUGUUGAGCUUUACAUCGCUGAACUCUUGCAUAGCAUUCGCUGUUCGCAAUAA